AUGAUUCGACCGUGCCAAUACCAAACAUUUUUCAUUAAGAUGAUUUUAUCGAAUUUAGCCAAUAGUUUAAAUUUGACCCUGAGCAAAUCCUGCAACUUCCCAUUCACCUUCAACGGUGGAUUGUUCUACUCUUGUUCCAACUCACUACCUGGCAUCAACAAUCCUUGUGCUCUCUACAUCGCUGCCAAUGAAACAAUCCUGUUGGACAUUCCAACGUUUGCCAACUCAACUCCUGUCACGUCUGUCAAUGGAUGGAUUGUCAUUCAGCAGAGGAUUGAUGGCUCGCAGAGUUUCAACCUAAGUUGGAAUGAGUACAAG